UUGAUAUUACAGUUCACCUUAUACAACAAUCCUGAGACGCGCUUGGCUGGUCAACCUGGCGUGAAUGGAGUUGCAACAGCGAGAGGUCUAGCCCUGCUUUUUCAGCUUACCACAGACGGAACGCUCCUUUCAGCAGAAGGCAGAAAGAUGAUUUCCGAACCUGUGUUUCCAAACGUAUAUGACCACUCUAUUGGCGAAGAGCAAAAUAAAGGGCACGGAUUUAUAUACACUCGAAGUCCUACGGGCUCAUGGCAAUAUGGCCACAUGGGUAUUGGUGGUCAGGUAAUCCGUUGCGAUCCAGACAACGGUCUUGUAUUAUGCUAUCUUACGAACGCUAUGAAAGCCGGAAUCAACGAGCAUACUUUCACCUACAAUCGAUUACAGAAGAAAGUAUAUGAAUUAAUUAAACAACAGAAUCUCUAA